AUGUCUAUGUGGGAUUAUAUGCAUCUUCCACCCUAUGAGGAUGGGGUUCCAUCUUUUAGACUUGACGGCGAAGAAGUAGUAUUUCUAAGACAGAAGCAAAUUAUCUUAGGAAAUGAAUUCGAAGGACAAUGGAAAAUCAACCCGGCUUUUUUAAGCAUGAGCUAUUGCGAGAGACAAGAAGAAGUUCCAGAAGGCUCAAUACGAGCAAAGAAACAAUCAAUCCGAUCUUUCGUUAUCAUCGUACCGGUUGAUGCGUCCGCCCUUCCACCCGUCAUACUUCCAGAGAGCACGCUAUGUAUGGCUGCUCUGUUGAAUAUUGGUUGGACACAUGAAACGGCGGGGAUGAUCUUUGAUUCUUGGAAAGAGAACUCCAAACCUAGGAGAAUGAUGGCAUGUGAUGACCGGGACCCCACUCUCAUCGACUAUGCAAUUUCCAGGGUCCAAAUGAGAAUGGACCAAUUGAUUAUUGCAAAGCACGCAAAAGUCGAUGCAAGAAAGGAAAUGACUAUUCUCGGACUAUCCACCAAAUUCCAGGACGAUAUGCUAGAUCAAGACAGCGAUCUUCUCGGUGGUCAUGUCCAUACGAUGGACCUUUGUUUUUGGAUAAUUGAUGCACUGGGAAAGCGAUACAGGAACUUGGUAUUAAGAUUGAGAUAUCUCAAGAACUAUGCGGCCACAGGCAUGAAGGUGAUGAAUUGCCACAUCUCGCAAACGCCAAAAGGUGUCCUCAUGGCCGGUGCUAUCUCCACUCUCCUCGUGGGAGUUCUCACUGCCGUUGGCAGAUCAGACCCAAGUUCACGGAGAGGACUAAGUCUCAAAACCGCUCUUGCCGUUCCGUUGACUGUGGCUUCUCUUGCCGGGCUUUGGGAAUAUCAGGUGACCAAGAGUGUUCCCGAACCUUAUUUGGAUGAAGUAUUUCAUAUACCACAAGCUCAAGCAUGCUGUAGAUGGGAUUAUGGUACCUGGGAUCCGAAACUUACCACACCACCUGGAUUAUAUUGGUGGAGUCAUUUUCUGAGCAUAAUUUCUGGAUUCACAACAUGCAAUGUACAUUUUCUUCGGAUAACCAAUGUUAUUGCGCUCACAUCUAUUAUGAUGCUUGCUUGGAAAUGUCGGAAUCUUAUUCUUCGAGCUGGGGUUGAAACCCCCAAAGAUCAAGAACCCAAAUUGAUAUCCGCAGAUUCAUUGCAUACAGCUGCAAACAUUGCCUUAUUUCCUCCUCUCUUUUUCUUCUCUGGAUUGUAUUAUACUGACGUGCUAUCUACUUGUGUGGUUUUAUAUCUGUAUAAGCAAUUUCUUGAACAAGCAGAAUCUAAGAAGAUUCACAAAUCGUGGAAGAAUGGUGUAUGGUUUUAUCUUUGUGGUGUAUUGGCUCUAUGCAUGAGACAGACAAACAUCUUCUGGGCCGCCGUGUUCUUAGGGGGCAUGGAGGCUGUAAGGACGACGAAAGGGACGUACCGUCCUGCUGCUCCGUCUUUGAGGCAUCAUCUCGCAUCGUCAAUGGAGGAAUACUUAAAAGAAGUUGGUGACCUUGUAAAGUCGGAUCAUCCACAUGAUCCACCUCUACAUGUUGCUAGUCUUGAAGAUUUCGUCCUCACACCCCUUUCAAUUGUCUGGACCGCCAUAACCCGCCUCCCGACUAUCCUCCUCAACUUGGCUCCCCACAUCUCACUCCUCAUCACAUUUGGCGCAUUCGUCUUCAUCAACGGCGGUGUUGUCCUAGGCGAUAAAUCGAACCACGUCGCCACCAUCCACCUCUCACAGCUUCUAUAUCUCUGGCCCUUCAUAGCCUUCUUCUCAUUUCCCCUACUCAUCCCAACUCUCUUCUCAUUCCUCCUAAACUCAAUCGACAAUAUUCUCCAUCCAUCCAGAUUUCUCAAUUCCUCUCUCAACACCCAACUCCGGGCCCUCAUAACCUUCGCUCUCAUCCUAGCAUCUCUCCUCGGCUCCCUCGUAAUCAUAAAACACAACACCAUAAUCCAUCCAUUCACCCUCGCCGACAACCGUCACUACAUCUUCUACGUAUUCCGAUACAGUAUUCUCCGACAUCCUCUUAUCCGCUACCUCCUGGCUCCCAUCUACAUUUUCUGUUUCUUCCUAAUCUUCAACACAUUCUCCGGAUCCCCAUCCGAAUAUACGUCAUCGCCCAAGAAAGAAGCACCCAACAAAAUCCCCAACCCCUCAUCUCCACCUCCUCCCCCAACCUCCUCCUCACCUCUCCCCCUCACCCCCCUCACCACCCUCCUCCUCCUCCUCCUCACCACCACCCUCUCCCUCAUCACCGCCCCCCUCGUCGAACCCCGCUACUUCAUCCUCCCAUUUAUAUUCCUGCGUUUACAUUUCCCCACCCUCUCAACUUCCUCUUCCCCAAAAAUCAAUAUCCGUUUACACGCCGAGACGAUCUGGUAUCUGUUAAUUAAUGCGGUUACGGGGUAUAUAUUUUUGUAUCGGGGAUUUGAGUGGACGCAGGAACCCGGGAGGGUGCAGAGGUUUAUGUGGUAG